AUGCGCAAAAAGAGAGGUCGGCAUUGGGUAUUAGUGGUACUUCUUCUGGGCAACGUUGUCAUCAACGAAAGUUUGCCGAUCUUUCUUGAUGGUGCCAUUGGUGGAGGCAUUGCGGCUGUCGUAAUUUCUACCACAGCGAUAGUCAUUUUUGGGUACGUUCUCGCCCCUCUCGGAGUUGGACUUGCUGAGCAGACGACAUGUCUUCUCUUCCGCAGAGAAGUUAUUCCACAGGCUGUUAGCGUCAGAUAUGGCCUCGCAAUUGGCGCACGAUGUGCGCCUUUCGUGCUCUGCCUGAUGUAUUUGUUUGCUCCCAUCGCAUACCCUACUGCGAAGCUCCUCGAUUACUUCCAUCGCACGGGAGAGGAACCGCUACGGGAUGACGAGAUCAGCAUAUUGAAUGGCGUGCUGGAGCUCAAUACGAAGAAUGUGGAGACAAUCAUGACACCAUCAAGCUCACUCAGUCUCGCAAGUGGCUACUCACGCUUUCCUAUACAUGAACCCGGGAAUCCACUAUCAUUCCAAGGGCUUCUGCUCAUCAAAAAGCUGUUGGUAUACGACCCCGCGCGCGCUCUCCCAGUCUCGGAUUUCAAGCUUUCGAUUCUUCCCGAAGCACAUCCAAGUAUAAAUUGUUUCCAGGCGCUGGAUUACUUUCAAACGGGACGCGCCCACUUACUACUGAUUAGUCGGACACCUGGCACUGCAGGCGGUGGAAUUGGAGUGAUCACACUCGAAGACAUCAUUGAGGAAAUCAUAUCAGAAGAAAUCGUGGAUGAAACAGAUCGAUACGAGGAUAAUCAGAGUAAAAAACGUGCGAAGCGAAUGACUACGGCUACUAUAAUGCGAGGGAUUGUGGAGCGAGAGGGGCGAGAGCGAAGUUUAACGCGAGUGACGUCUUCCGACCGGAUACCCCUGUUGCGCGAGACACCUCUCCUACCAUCCACUCCACUUUCCGAGACCAAUUAUCCGAAUCCUCGCUACGGCGCGAUACUCAGCCCGUCCCCCAAAAUAUGA